AGAGAGAAACAGCCGCUUGUCAGACUGACCGAGGACCGACAACACUUCACACACCAAUUCAGGACCUUGUUUGACGGAAGACACUGGGAGUAAGGAGAGUUGGGAUUGGACUGAAAUAUGAGACUGGGCAUGACGGCGCGAGCCAAGCUGAGGGCGUAGCCACAUCUGGCAGAGAGCGCUGGCAGAAGUAAGCAGGAGCCUCAGCAGUCCAAACCAUCUACUGCAGCAGGGAAGAUGGGAGAGACAGAGGAGGAGAGGGAUAAUGUGGGGAAGCUGUUUGAGAAGUUCGUCCAGGCCUCGACCUGUAAAGGAACUCUUCAAGCCUUCAACAUCCUCUGCAGACAGCUGGACCUCGACCCUGCAGACAAUGCCACCUUCUACAGCAGUCUGAAGGCAAAGGUCACCUCCUGGAAGGCCAAAGCACUAUGGAGUAAGCUAGACAAGAGGAUGUCCCAUAAAGAGUACAAGAAGGGCCAAGCCUGUGUGGGCACCAAGUGCCUCAUCAUCGGAGGAGGUCCCUGCGGCCUGCGGACAGCCAUUGAGCUCGCUUUGAUGGGUGCCAAAGUGGUGGUGAUUGAGAAGAGGGACUCGUUCUCCAGGAACAAUGUGCUGCACCUUUGGCCCUACACAAUCCAUGACCUGCGGGGCCUUGGGGCAAAAAAGUUCUACGGCAAAUUCUGUGCUGGGGCCAUAGACCACAUCAGCAUUCAGCAGCUGCAGCUGAUCCUGUUGAAAGUCGCCCUCCUCGUUGCAGUCGAGUUUCACAUCAAUGUGGAGUUCAUCAAGCUUCUGGAACCUCCAGAGGAUCAGGAAAAUGAAGGGCUUGGGUGGAGGGCUGCAAUCCGACCCGCAGAUCACCCCGUGGCUAACUUUGAGUUUGACGUCGUGGUGGGGUCUGAUGGGCGCAGGAAUACUCUGGAAGGUUUCAAAAGGAAGGAGUUCAGGGGUAAACUGGCAAUCGCCAUCACAGCCAACUUCAUCAACAGGAACACCACCGCAGAGGCCAAAGUAGAAGAGAUCAGCGGAGUGGCCUUCAUCUUCAACCAGAAGUUCUUUCUUGACCUCAAAGAGGAGACAGGUAUUGACCUGGAGAACAUUGUGUACUACAAGGACAACACUCAUUACUUUGUCAUGACCGCCAAGAAACAGAGCCUGCUGGACAAGGGAGUUGUCAUUAACGAUUACAUAGACACCCAGAUGCUGCUGAGCAGUGAAAAUGUUAACCAGGAAGCUCUUCUGUGCUACGCCCGAGAGGCUGCUGACUUUGGCACCAACUAUCAGCUUCCCACGCUGGAUUUUGCCAUGAACCACUGUGGGCAGCCAGAUGUAGCAAUGUUUGACUUCACAAGCAUGUACGCCUCAGAGAACGCUGCUCUGGUCAGGGAGAGAUUUGGACACCAGCUGCUGGUAGCACUGGUUGGCGACAGUUUGCUAGAGCCCUUCUGGCCAAUGGGAACAGGUUGUGCCAGAGGCUUCCUUGCUGCCUUUGACACGGCCUGGAUGGUAAAGAGCUGGGCUCAGGGUCGGACAGUUCUGGAGGUGCUGGCAGAGAGGGAGAGUAUUUACAGGCUACUUCCACAAACAACACCAGAAAACAUCGCCAAAAACUUUGAACAGUACACCAUAGACCCUGGAACUCGUUACCCCAACCUCAACUCCUCCUGUGUGAGGCCACACCAGGUGCGUCACUUGUAUAUCAGCUCGGAGCUGAAUUCCUGCUCUCUGGAGCGUGCUGCUACCAUACGACGACCUGUCAAUCUCAGCAGGCGAGAGUCAGAGAUCAGACCAACGAGGCUUCUUACCUGGUGCCAAAAACAGACAGAGGGCUACAGGAAUGUGACAAUCACAGAUCUGACGUCUUCUUGGCAAAGUGGCAUCGCUCUCUGUGCUCUCAUCCACAAGUUCAAACCUCAGCUAAUAGAUUUGACUUCAUUAAAUGAAGAAGACCAUGCUGCAAACCUCCAGCUGGCUUUUGACAUCAGUGAGCGGGAAUUUGGGAUUCGAUCAUUCACAUCUGCGAAGGAGCUGAGUGCUGGUGAGGAGCUGGAUAAGACCAGGAUGACUGCCUAUCUGUCCAAGUUCUAUGAGCUCUUCCGGGGAACACCUCUGCCUGCAUCAGGGUCCAGAGGCGUGGAUGAAAACAAUGAAGAUUAUCCAUCUAAGGAAGUCAGAAGUAAUAAUAACAUGCUCAAUCUCACAGUGCCCAGGAAACGGAUAACACAGGAUGAAAAGAAGUCAGACGGUACAGACCCCAUUUACAAAAGGAGGCGAAAGUUCUGUUAUUUGGAGGAGGCCACUAAUCUGUCCAGUAAUGGCUCCUCAGUGCGAGAGGGACAGGAUCCUAAGGAAAAUAAAGUCCGCUCAAUGGCUACGCAGUUGCUGGCCAAAUUUGAAAGCACACCCAACUACACCAUCCGCAAAACACAGUCAGACUGUGAGAGGUCCCUCCUGCUGCAAACUCUUGACCUGCCUGAGCGUCUGCACGUAAAACGCAGGCCCCCGGUCCCACCUAAACCUCCUCCUGAGAGACAGUUUGAAUUCAGUAUCAGAAAAGCAGCAGAGCAGUUAGUCCGCCUGCCACCAAAGACUCUGCCCAAACCCCAGCUCCAGCCUCAGGCCCAACAUCCAUUUUCCACAGUGAAGCUCAGACAUGUUGAUCAAACACAUGCUGAGACGAAGGCCCAGCCUCAGCCUGAGAGUGCAGACCCCCCUGCUUCUUCUCCCUCCUGCCACUCUGCAAUCCAGUUCAUGUCAAGAAUCCUUCAGCGCCUCAGGGAGGUGGAUGAAUAUGUCUCUGAGAAAAAAGCUCAGACACAACAGACUAGAGAGUUUCACACAAAGAGUAUAAAGGAAAAAGCUGUUCACCUUAGUGGGUUGUUCUCAGGAGACAGCUCUGCUGUACUAAAGGGUGGCUCGGUACGACGGGCGUUCCCCCAGUCGGGUGACAAGUGUCACUCAUGCGAGAGACGUGUUUACAUGGUGGAGCGAGUCUGUACUGAGGGUCUCUACUUCCACAGGGAGUGUUUUCGCUGUUCGACCUGCAGCUCGGCUCUGCGGCAGGGAGCGCAUGCUUUCGACUCUGAACAGGGAAAACUGUACUGCAAACUUCAUUUUGAUCAACGCAACAAUGGCACAAACCUGCGGAGGAAUUUCUCCCUGCGCUCAAAUCGUUGUGGGGCUGGAGUUCAGGAGCAAUGUGUUGCUAACGGAGACAGCUCCCAGUCCAGCAGCACAGAGGACGUGCAGAGUCAACCCGCAGCAGGUACCUUCAGCUCGUUCAUAAGGAAAAAGCUGAGCUGGCCCCUGAGUGUGACUCGCACUGUGUGUAAUGCCCCCUGGUAUCUGUCCUGUCGCGUGCGUAGUACAGCACAGGCCCUCGCCGGCCACAUCAGAGACAACGCCCAGGACUAUACAUUCCUGUAUGAGCUACUGAGCAUGAGCCUGCCCCUGCUGUUUGUUUUACAAGAGGUACUGCUACAGAUGUACACAGAGGCUGUGCCUGAUGGGCCGAGCUCUUUACAGCCUCUACUGCUGUGGCUGCAGGAGCAUAUCGGGCACAGGCUCAUCUAGACACUAAGCAGACACCAUCUGUUAAUAUUGAACAUCACUGCAAAUGCCAUUAAAUCUGUGGCUGAGGUGCAUAUUAGACGGAGUGUUCUCAUCAUAUUAUCAUUUGUGGCUGGGCACAAGCACCUUUUUAAUGUUUACUGCCUGUUAUGAUGAUACUGUAGUUAGAUUUGCUCCCAGUGUGUUGGAUGUAUCUGUGCAUCAGCCAAAGAAGAGACACUGUAGGUUGCCCGUGCAACUUUUCGCAGUUUACUAUAAGAGUUAGUUCAGUUUGUCAAAUAAUGAAAGCUGCGACAUAAUUUUGCAGUGGUUAGAUGCGGAAACUGUACAGUUCUUGUAGGGUUAGAAUAAGUUAAAUGAAUAGAUUAAUAGUUAAAAUGCAAACAAAACAGGCCACAGCCGGUGCAUUAAAGACUUGAGACUGCUGAAAUGUCCAAUCAUUAUUGCUGUAGAACUGAAACUUUUACACAGUCUUUAAAAAUGGAUCCUGCAGUUAAAAUUUCUUAACUCAGGUUAUGACUGACUGACUAACUGGAUGCACUUUAUCUUUGGGAACUGCCUUGUGGACGUAGCAGGAAACUGUCACAUUAGAUAAAAGCCUGGUCUCAUUGUUAACCCUCAUCACCAGGCAGGUUUUCCUUCUUUUCUUUUAAUAUAUAUGCAGGUAUGUGUUUUAUGCACAUUGACAAUUUUCUCAUCAUCUUUUUUUUUUUCACUCUGUUUACUUUAAUGAAUUGUUUUUACUGAUUCUUUUUUUAAUGGGUGACACCAAAAAAAAUCUCACAGAUAUGUUUGAUGCUGUGGACUCUGAGUAUUUAGUUCUACUUUGCUGCCAUCUACUGUUGACUCCCAGAAAACCCAUGAAGGCAAAAUGAAAUCUGCCACUCCUCUCAUUACAAACAGCUCUGUUUUAAACAACUGACCUAUGACAUGUUUUCAAAUUUACUGUAGACAAUAGAAGCUGGUGAGCAUGCUGUGAUGUGUUUGAAUGUGCUUGCCAUUCUUGCCAUAAUUUUAAAGCAUGUUGUUGGAAGGUCAACUGCAAACCUCUCUGACCGGAAGCCACAUAGUUGUUUCCUAUUUACAUAGACUCUAUCUAAUGAUGCUUAUGAAGCACUUUGGUCUUUUGUUUAACUCUAAAAAUAUUUGAAAAGGAUAGUUGCAGAAAUUUCAGGCAUUAUUUUAAGUGUUUACUGCAUGAUAGAUUGGAUAUGUAUUUUGAUGUUUGUGUUUUGUUACCAGCUACCUAAUAUUCCAUGUUGAAUUACUGAAUCUGCUGCAUGUAAUCUGAACUAAAGGUUUUGUUUACAGUGCUUAAAACUUAAGUGUUUUAAAAUACCAAAGAACUGUUUUCGUACACACUGACUGGACUUGUAAUAAUAUAACAGUUAUACAUCUGUUUAACAAGACGACAGUCAUGCAAGCUGUAACAUGUACAGUGGUGCCUACAUACAGAUAUCCUCUUAUUAUGAAUGUCAGUAUUUUUUUUCGUUUUCAUAAACAUUUUCUACUUUU